AUGAAUACAAUUUAAGAAAACAAAUUAUUUGUAUAGCAAAUUAAAUAGAAACAAGAUGAAUUUAAAGUAUUAGUUCAAUAAAUAAUAAGAAAACUUUACAAUUUCAAAUUAAGAAAGAGCCUCCUCUUUUGUAGUAACAUAAUUUCAAUUAGAUCACAUCUCCUAAUCAAAGAAGAGAAUAAACUCCUAAUUAAAGAAAGGGAAAGAUUGAAAGUAUUAAUUUCUAAUUAUACUUUAGAUGAUAAUUCAUGCUCACCUACUCUUUUUCGUACUCCUUAAAUUAGUUUACAUUAAGAGUAAAACAAAAGAUAAAAUCAAUUGAGUAACAACAGAAGUCGUAAUGAGAAUCUAUCAACUUAUAAGGAAAGGAGAGAACCAAUUAAUGAUUCUGCUGCUAAUGAUUACUCAAGGGUAUUAGAGGAAGUGAUGAAAAAAUACAGAUAAUUAAAAUAAGAAUUAAUAACAAAGGAUAAAGAAGUACAAAAGACAAGAUUUUACAAAGAGGAAUGGUUAAAAGAAAAGGUAUAUAUAUAUAUAUAUAUAAUUUUAUAUAGAAACGUAAUGAAUAAUUAUAAGAGAGAAAUAGGAUAUUAAAAACAAAGAUGUUAAAGAUUAUUGAAUUAGUUUAAUAAGAUUAAUUAAAAUAGAAUGAUGAUUCGGAGGUAGUAUCAUUCUAUUAACAUUUUAGUCAAUAGGGUAUAAUAGCUAGUCUCUCAACAGAAAAUAAGUAUUUACGUUAAAUGUUGCAUUUGCAUGAUGUUACAAAUAUAUCAAGUUAAUUGGAAUAAUUGGAAGGUGAAUAAUAGGAUUAAGAAGUUGUUUAUAUUGAUAAUAUUUUGAAUGUAUUUCUUAGUGAUUUAAAAACAAUAUAAAAGAAUAGAAAAGAAAAGAAAGAUAAUUAAUAAUUAGGUACAUAUAUAAUGUAAAUAUUAAAGGUCAAUUUAAUUCAUUAUCAUUAACAGUUUUGAACAAAGAAUCAAGUUUUGUUGAUUUAUCAGAAGAUAAACUUUUAAUGGAAUAAUCAUGA